AAUUUUAGAGAGAGAUUACCUCUCGCCAAUGUAUGGGCUGGAAUUUACCGUUGGCUUCAUCGGGAACCUAGUGGUGGUCCUGGGCUAUAUCUUUUGCCUCCCUGCUUGGAAGUCCACUAAUGUGUACCUGUUUAACCUGUCUGUGUCUGACCUCAUCUUCCUGUGCACUUUACCUGAGCUGUCCUACAACUAUGCUCACAACCUGAAGAAAUUCAAUACUGCACUAUGCAUGAUUAAUCGCUACAUCCUCCAUGUCAACUUGUACUCCAGCAUUCUUUUCAUGAUGUGGGUAAGUGUGGACCGGUUCUUGCUGCUGUGUCACCCACAGCGAGAACACAUCCUGUUGACUCUCAAGGCUGCAGUAUGCAUCACCAUCCUGAACUGGAUCUGGGUGAAUGCUCAAAUCGCUCCUCUCAUUGUCUUCAUUAUCCAGGACUUGGAGGAAAAUGGCUGGACAGUGUGUCGUGAUUUCGCAAGCCUGGGUGUGGCCAAAGUUACUCUGAUCUACAGCAUAGUUCUCACCGUAACUGGAUAUGUGAUGCCAUUGGUGGCUUUGUUUCUAGCAUCACAAAAGAUGGUUUCUGUACUAGUGAAAAGACAGGAAGUGCUUGGGACUUCCUUCCAAAGGCCAGUAAAAAUCGUGAGGUCUGCAGCAAUCAUGUUUCUGCUGCUCUACACACCCAUCCAUGUAAUGAGGAACGUGCGACUCGCAUCACGGCUUCCUGAACUAAAUUUGUCACGGUGUAUGGUGGACUACAUCAAUGCGGCUUACAUAGUGACACGGCCGAUUGGAUUUGCUCACAGUGCCAUCAACCCUGUGUUUUACUUCCUCAUGACAGACAGCUUUAAAGAAGCACUGCAGGACAAGUGGAUGCAGAUUAAAAGGGUGAUAAUGAAAGCGUUUUAA